UUUCAGUUAUAGCUGGCGGCAAUGGCUUUCCCAUGGCUUCUUAAUCAGCCCGCUCCCCCAGUCUAUAAAUAAAUAACAGCUAGAGGAGAAAUAAUAUCUUCAGAGCUUAAUUCGAAGCAGCAGCCAUGGCGUUAGCUCCUGUUCUUCUCCUUGCUCUUUUCUUUUCUAUGUCUGUGAGUGGGAAUGCUCAGCCAAAGGUUCCGGCGAUCUAUGUGUUCGGUGACUCCACGGCGGACGUCGGGAACAACAACUACCUGCCGGGGAAUAAUGCCAAGGCCAACUUCCCUCAUUACGGCAUCGACUUCCCGCACUCGAGGCCCACCGGAAGGUUCAGCAAUGGCUACAACGGCAUCGACUUCUUGGCGGGUCACAUGGGCUUUCGAAGGAGUCCGCCACCAUAUCUUUCCCUCACAAACAAGACCAGCCGUGGAAUUCUAAAAGGCUUGAGAGGAGUAAACUUCGCCUCAGGCGGAUCUGGAAUUCUUGACUCCACUGGAACUACCAUAACUAUGACACAACAGAUCAAAUAUUUUGCCACACUCAAAUCAAGAAUUGCAGAACGAUUGAACUUGGAGAGAUCCAACGAUGUACUCUCGAAAUCUAUCUUCCUCAUCAGCGAUGGGGGCAAUGACGUCUUCGCCUUUUUUCAACAAAACAAUGCACCAAACAGCACACAAAAGCAACAAUUCUACAACACUCUCAUCUACAACUACAAAAACCAUAUCAAGGCAUUGUACGAGUUGGGAGCGAGAAAGUUUGCGAUAAUCGAUGUGGCACCCGUCGGCUGCUGCCCCUACUCGAGAAGUCUGCAUCCUUUGGGAGCUUGCAUCGACGUCUUGAAUGAUUUGGCCGUUGGUGUUAACGGUGCUGUCAAGGUUAUGUUUAGCAAUCUUAGCUCCACAUUGAAGGGGUUGAAGUACUCACUCGGGAGCUCUUAUGCAGUGGUGUCAAAAAUGAUAGCUGAUCCAGAAGCAGCUGGGUUUAAGGAGGUUAAAAGUGCAUGCUGUGGAGGUGGCAAGUUAAAUGCACAAUCCGGUUGCAGCCCGAACUCUUCUUACUGUGAGACCCGCAAAGAAUACCUCUUUUGGGACAGCAUACAUCCUACCCAUGGUGCAUCCAAGAAGGCAGGCCAAGCCAUCUACGGUGGAUCACUGCUGUUUGCUAGCCCUAUUAACUUCAAGCAGCUGGUCGAGGAUGAUAGUUAGAAAGGAAGUUGGUGUAUUAUUCAAAUAAGCAAGUAGCCAUUUUGUACUCUCUUUUCCUUAAUAAAUUUGGGUGGAUUUUUUCCUCCCCUUUCAUCCAAAAAAAAAAA